CGCUGAUAAUAGACGUGGCCAUCUGUUCUAGAUACCGCCCCCACUGCUUCAAGCUUUUUUAACAGCAUCUUAAAAACACCUAAUCCCGACAUCAGAACACCUAAUCCCGACAUCAGUAGUAAGAAAGCCAGUCACCAAAGAUGACACUCACUCCGGACACGAAUAUGCCGGCUUCGUGUAUGAUUCCACUCACCGAUACAAAUGGUGCGGAAAAACUUUCGAAUUCUACGUCCUUAAAAUCAUUCACUUUGAAUAUGCCAAGUCGUCCUCAGCAGCAGAGAGUUCUGCCAGCAGGACCUAUCGGCUAUCCACUGUUUCAACCUGCAUUGAAUAGCCCAAUUUUAGACGGAAGCAAGAGGCCACGUGCUCGCAGAACAUUCAAGCAGUUGAAACGGGAGGUACAAUGUACGGUGGAGGGAUGCACGCGUCGGUAUGCUACCUCCUCGUCUUUGCAAACCCAUAUGAGAAUAAAACAUGCGGAUAUACUAGCAGAAAUGCCGCCCAAAAAAGGUGACUCAGCGAAAUCCAGAAAGACUGUACCUCCCUCGCCUGUAGCUCGGGAUCGCGCACCGCAAAGUCCUUACUCGCGCAUCAGGCCUAGUGUCAGUGGGCCGAGUUUACCGUCACUGAAUCCGCCACUGAGAAGUUUCAGUUUCGAUUGCGGAACGGGAAAGCGUACUGAUGGCGUCUUAUUUAGUGGAAGUGGACUGAACAUCAAUUCUAUGGAGGCAUUUGAUAUGUCGCAAUUCACUGGGGCAAUAAAUACGCCUUCUCUCGAUUCCUUUGAUUUGCCAACUUCGCCGAUGGCAAAUUAUGGAACUACGCAUCCUAUGUUGAUCGCUCACCCUGUGCAGCCACAGAUGUUGUCACAAAGAGCAACACCAAUCCCCCCGAUGCACCCACAUCCAUUGGGUAUGGUAAUGAGCCAGCAAAGUAUUUUCGCAUCUCCACAGCCAAUCCCUCGGAUGUCUAUGGCAAGUCACAGUCACAACUUCGAUAUGCGACCGAUACUACGCCAGCAAAGUACCUACACGGAAUUUAGCAGUUGUAGGUCAAUCCACACGCCUACAAGCUCCAUUACUCCGACUCCAAGUAUCGUAUCGCGAUCGAUGAGUAUGAACGACUCUGAGACACCGGAUACAGACCUAUUGGAGGGUAAUGAUAUAGAUCUUGCGUCCUUCCCAGGCCUGUUUGGUCACUUGGAAUUCGAUAGUCUGUUUUCGUCCGAACAGGAAGGAGGUGAGAAAGGAUCGGUUUCACCUUCAAGUCUUGCAGCGUAACCUUUAAGCCGACUGAAAGCAGGCGCGUACAGCACUUGGUUCGUUCUCAGUCAUACAAACUCGACUACGCCGACUCAAGAGUACAAUAUCGCGGUUGAUGAGUAUGCACGACAUUGGGAUACCGAGUGCAGACGUUUCAGAGGGCUUAGAUUCCGAGGGUAAACAUCUUGAGUCCUUCACAUAUCUGUUUUGUCACUUGAAGCUCGAUAUCCAAACAGGAUAGAGCAGGCGGUGUAUGAAGGAUAUGGUGGAAGGAAUCUCGUAGUACUUGGUUCAGCCCAUUCGGAGAAGAACUAUAUUAAAGGCAGGGAAAUUGAAAGUCGUGCAGACCAGUUUCGAUAUGCAAUGCAACAACUGUGCUGCAAUCGACAUCCGGAAUUCCCACAGAGUAAUUUUAUCACGAAGCCAGCAACAGAUAAUGUUCCAGUAAUACUGCGGUGCAGUGAACGCAUCAAAGUACAUAUGUUUUCGAGUGAAAGCAUCAAAACUUACAUAUGUUAGAAGUUAUCACAGGUACUCUUGAGAUUGACAAGUAUGAGACUAUUUAAGAACCUUACAUGGCUGCUUCACUGUCGGGAAGACGAUGUUGAUAGGCAAUAGAAAAGUAACGAAGUCGUAGGUCGUUCGUGACAAUAAAUAAAU